AUGAGGGUCGCAACCAUCCUUAGCUUCGUAGGCGCGGCCUCCGCCCAUGCCAUCUUCCAGAAUGUCAAAGUCAACGGAGCCGAUCAGGGUCUACUCUACGGUAUCAGGGCUCCUUCAUCCAACUUCCCGAUCGAGGAUGUGAAUGAUGCAGCCUUUGCCUGCAACAAGAACCUCCAAUACAAGGACAACAAUGUCAUCACCAUCCCCGCUGGAGCUCAGGUUGGUGCCCGUUAUCAGCAUAUCAUCGGUGGGCCUCAAGGAAGCAAUGAUCCGGAUAACCCCAUUGCAUCUUCGCACAAGGGCCCCAUCAUGGUCUACCUUGCCAAGGUCGACAACGCUGCCACCGCUGGAACCACGGGCCUAAGCUGGUUCAAGGUCGCAGAGGAUGGCCUCACUGGAACCACCUGGGCCGUUGACCGCCUCAUCGCCAACGACGGCUGGCACUACUUCACCAUGCCAUCCUGCGUCGCGCCGGGCGACUACCUGAUGCGCGUCGAGCUUCUCGCCCUCCACAGUGCUACCGGCCGCAACGGUGCCCAGUUCUAUAUGGAAUGCGCCCAGAUCCGCGUCACCGGAUCCGGCACCAACACCGGCGCGGGCAACACCGUCAGCUUCCCCGGUGCCUACUCGGCCACCGACCCCGGUAUCUUGUUGAGCAUCUACGAUGCGACGGGCAAGCCCACGAAUGGAGGCAGGGCCUAUUCUAUCCCUGGACCCAGGCCCAUUACUUGCUCUGGUGGCGGCGACAACGGCGGCGGCAACCCGACCCCAACGACCUUGAGCACUGCCGUGACGCCUACCCCGACGAGCGGAACCGGUGGUGGCAGCGGCGCCGCUCUGUAUGGACAGUGUGGUGGAAUUGGCUGGACUGGACCAACGACGUGUGCGCAGGGAACCUGCACCAAGUCCAACGACUGGUAUAGCCAGUGUCUCCCUUGA